GAUGACCUGGGUUAGAGGACGACCGCAGAGAGCCCGCCACCCGCAGGAGGAGCUGCCCAACCCUCUGCUCGCAGCCUCUGCAUCGGCUCAGGAACCCACGGCCCACCCUAACUCCCGGACAGUGAUAAAAGCUCCGCGCGUCAGGCGCCCGCUUGAGACCAGUCGUAGGCCUCGGAGCCGGAGCUAGGAGAGUUAACCCAACCUGCUCCAGCCGAGGCCGAGGGCCGGGCCGCUGCGAGCGCCUCCCAUUGGCCGCUGAGCCGGCUCUGCGCUCAUUGGCGGAGGCGCUCGGCUGCGGCUCUGGAAGAGAGUCCCCAUUGGCGCUGCGUUCCACCGACUGGAGAGUGGCGGCCCGGCCUCCGCAAGCUUCCCCGGGUAAAGGAGCUCCAGCUCCGUAGCUACCUUGCCAAGCUCAUCCUUAGCCGCAAUCUUAACUUCCUUCGCGACCCUCCUCUUGCUUGUCGCCAAACCACCUCCGGGGUUCUUCCCUCUGAUCCUUUUCUUCUUGUUGCUUUCCUUUUUCCUGUCUCUCCAGCUACCGUUUCCCAACUCCGCGUUUUCCCAAAAUACCCCUAGCCUGUAAUCCCAGGCAUCCCCACCUGCCACCUUUUAACUUCUGCUCCUCCUUGACCUCAGAUCCUUCGGUCAACAGGGCCUUCUCGCCAGACCCCCCUACACUCCUCUUUCUCCUCUCUUUGCCACCCUCUGAACCCCAAGUUCCCUCUAACCUUAUUUCACUUCUUGACAUUUGACCCUGACACUUUAACUCUCUAAAUUUCUACCUGUUGCCGCCUGGACUGCAAAAAGCCAGGUGUUACUCUGAUAUCCAUCCCUGCUUUUGGAGGCCUUUGCUACCCCUACCAUGGACUUCUUGUUGAGUGGUAUGGCAGCCUGCGGGGCCUGUGUGUUCACCAAUCCCCUGGAGGUUGUGAAGACCAGAAUGCAAUUACAGGGAGAACUGAAGGCCCCGGGAACCUACCAGCGCCACUACCGAAACGUCUUCCAUGCCUUCUUCACCAUUGGCAAGGUGGAUGGCCUGGCCGCCUUGCAGAAGGGCCUGGGCCCUGCGCUCUUGUACCAGUUCCUAAUGAAUGGCAUCCGACUGGGCACCUACGGGCUGGCAGAGCGUAAGGGAUAUCUGAGCACUGAUGAAGGCGUCCUCAGUCCUGUCCGCAGCGCUGCAGCUGGGGCCCUAGCUGGGGUCAUUGGAGCCUAUCUGGGAAGCCCAAUCUACCUGGUGAAGACACACCUCCAGGCUCAGGCAACCUCUGAAAUUGCUGUAGGGCACCAGUAUAAACAUCAGGGCAUGUUUCAGGCACUAACCCAGAUUGGCCAGAAACAUGGUCUAGUGGGGUUGUGGCGUGGGGCCGUGGGCGGCCUGCCCAGAGUUGUCAUCGGUUCCUCUACCCAGCUGUGCACCUUCUCAUCCACCAAGGACUUCUUGAGCCAGUGGGAGAUCUUUCCUCCCCAGAGCUGGAAGGCGGCUCUGGCAGCUGCCAUGGUGAGUGGCAUGGCAGUAGUACUGGCCAUGACACCCUUUGAUGUGGCGAGCACAAGGCUCUAUAACCAACCCACUGAUACUCACGGCAAGGGCCUCAUGUACCGGGGGAUCUUCGACGCUCUGCUGCAGACAGCUCGGACAGAGGGCAUUUUUGGCAUGUACAAGGGUAUAGGUGCCUCCUAUUUUCGCCUUGGCCCCCACACUGUCCUCUCCCUCUUCUUCUGGGAUCAGCUUCGUUCCCUCUACAACACAUACACUAAAUGAGUUGCUCUACUAUACCCAAGUCAACACCCUUUGGACACCUCUGCCUCUACUUACUAUCUCAGUGACUACUGACCGAUGGACUUCUCAUCCACUUGAGGACAGCCACACCCACUCCCUCUCUGUUCUCUUAGGGUUGAAUCACUCUGAACAGUAAUUUAUGUCCUUGCCUUGAAUAUUGCUUUAAAUUUCCCCACAAGUCCCCCUGUAUACUUUACACCCAUCUCAGGGUUGAAUCAGACACCCCAAAGUAUAUUUCUAUUGUCAUUCUUGGGUCCCUCCUGCUCCUGCGCACAGCUUUAAAGUCCCCUUUCCAAGACCAAAGGGAAUUGGGAGACCCAGGUGUCCUCUCAGAUUCGAAGCCACAGAAACUAUGUUUAUAAAGCAAGUUUAUUUCUGCA